AUAGUUUACAACUAUAAAUAACGCAGCGGUAUUUAACCUUCGUUUUCAAGAGUUUGUUGAAGAAAGGGAAAGCGAGAAGAAAGAGAAACUGACUCUGCAAGAAAAGGGCCAAAAUUAAAGCUUUGUCCUUUAAAUCCUUCAAUUUCGGAUUCUCUGCGCAUAUAUCUUUUCUUUACAUCCCCUCCAAAAUUUCAUUUCAUUUUUUUCUUUCUUUUCUCAUAAUUUUCAGAUAGAUCAUGCAUAGUUUCAGGUCAAACAUGUUUUCAGCUUUUCAUGGUCAGAUUUGGUGUCGAGGUCUGAUUGCAGUCUUCAUCUGGUUUAGUUGAUGGGUAUUCUUGUUUUUCGUUGAUUUCCAUGUUAUUCUUGUUCUAGACUCCAGCUCUGGGUAAUUAAGAUUAAAGGGUACUUUUUUCCCCGUUAAUUUGAGUUGUGUUAUGUAUACUUUAAGGGUUUAAGGUUUUAGUUGAUGGGUGUUCUUGUUUUUCGUUGAUUUCCAUGUUAUUCUUGUCCCAGAUUCCAGUUCUGAGUAAUUAAGAUUAAAGGGUACUAUUUUCCCUGUUAAUUUGUGUUGUGCUAUGUGUGUUUUAAUGGUUUAGGGGUGAUUUUUUUCCCUUUUAUUUGUGUAUUUUGGUGAAUUGAGAGAAAAAAGAGAUGUAUAUUGAAGAACUGAAUGAAGGGGAACAGCAAGAUCAAGAUCAGAUUCAAUCGUGUGGAGAGAGCCUUGUUGUUUGGGAUGCAAAAAGGGUUUUGGUGGGAGCAGGAGCACGUGCUCUCUUUUAUCCGACUUUGUUAUACAAUGUUGUCAGGAACAAGAUUCAGUCUGAGUUUAGGUGGUGGGAUAGAGUUGAUGAGUUUAUUUUGUUAGGUGCUGUGCCUUUCCCUGCUGAUAUUCCCCUUUUGAAGGAUCUCGGUGUUUCUGGAGUUGUGACCUUAAACGAACCAUACGAGACUUUGGUCCCAACAUCGCUGUAUGAUGCUCACAACAUUGAUCAUUUGGUGAUUCCUACAACAGACUAUCUUUUUGCACCAUCAUUUGCUGAUAUAUGCCUUGCUGUAGAUUUCAUACGUGAGAAUGCAUCUCUAGGAAAGACCACAUAUGUUCACUGCAAGGCUGGUCGAGGACGCAGCACAACCAUUGUUCUGUGCUACCUGGUGGAACAUAGGCAUAUGACACCUGAUGCGGCCUAUGAAUAUGUCAGAUCUAUCAGACCCAGGGUACUUCUGGCACCUAAACAGCAGCAGGCUGUUCAAGACUACUAUCUUCACAAGGUGAAAAAUAAUGGAAUCCCUAGAAACCCUUGCUGCAUGAUAGUAAAGAAAACCACCCUCAUUCUCCCAGCAAAACAGGAUGCAGCAGCCUUUGAUGAUGGCUCUGUAGUUGUUGUAACAGAGUCAGACCUUGAUGGAUAUGACGCUAGCUUUGACGCAGGUUUGCCCGCUAAAGAGAUUUUCGGAGAGGGAAGCCUGGCUGACAGGUUUCAAUUUGCUAGUCAGGCAGCUAUUGCCAGACUUUCAUGCUUAUGGCUUCGUUGCCAUGUGGAUCAGAAGACAUCUAGGAAGCCUGGUCCGUUGAGCAGUCUUGGUAUUGGCAUCCGGGUUUAUUGAAUUUUUUAUAUUAAAUCAAGUUGUUAAUCUGAAUUUUUUUUCCCAAUGCGUUGUGUUUUUGUGUUAUUUCAUUUUUGGUUGGGUUAUACAGAGAAUGAAGUUUAUUAUCAUUCAUGUAUAACUCAAGUUGAGACGUCGUGGAACAGAUAGAGAGCAAGUUUAGUUUUCCUUUCUUUCCAGAAGCAUAGAGAUUGAGGAAGCAUUUGUAUCUUGGUAGGCAUGGUACUUCAUGAAAAGGUUCAAUUGUACUGCAAGUUUAGUCGUUUAGAUGUGGAAAGAUUUCCAAGUUUGUACAUGGUUUCUUCAAGAUGUU